ACACACACUUGCAUUUACAUACAAAAGAAAGUUCAAUACAUUUGCUAUUUUCUUUCUCAUCAAAUUGCAUACACCUCUACCAAUUCUUGGAUACACCCAAGAAUGAAAAAUACUCAACAUAAACUUCAUCCCAUCAAAAUCUCUCAAAGCAAAAAAAAUGGCUACCCUAUUUUCUACACUCCCAUCUUCUCCAAUACAACACCGGAAAAUCCCCUGCAAUUCUUGUCCAAUCAAAUGCUGCCACGAAAAAGCUAACCAUAACCAUAACUCGCCUAUUGUCGAUGAAAACGGUUUCCCGGAAAAAAACUUACUUUCGAAUCCGAGGGGGUCUAAGCCCCCUCGGCCGAGAAGAAUUAUACUCGUACGACACGGCCAGAGCCAAGGCAACGUCGACGAGUGCGUCUACACACGUGUGGCGGACCCCAAAGUGAUGCUGACUCAGCAGGGGAUCUCCGAGGCGGAGGAAUGCGGUGAGGAGAUUAGAAGGAUGAUCGAGAAAGACGGAAAUAGUGAUUGGAAAGUGUACUUUUACGUGUCUCCUUAUAAAAGAUCACUCGAGACUCUCCGGAAUUUGGCCAAGCCAUUUGAGAGAUCACGAAUUGCCGGUGUUCGAGAAGAACCUCGAUUAAGGGAACAAGAUUUCGGAAAUUUCCAGGAUCAAGAACAAAUGAAGAUUCAAAAAGCAGCUAGAAAGCUUUAUGGGAGAUUCUUUUACAGGUUUCCGAAUGGUGAAUCAGCUGCAGAUGUUUAUGAUAGAAUUACAGGAUUUAGAGAGACACUGAGAAGUGAUAUUGACAUUGGAAGAUUUCAGCCACCUGGAGAGCAAAGCCCAGACAUGAAUUUAGUGAUAGUUUCACAUGGUCUCACACUUAGGGUUUUCUUGAUGAGAUGGUAUAAGUGGACCGUUGACCAGUUUGAAGGUCUACAUAAUUUUGGCAAUGGCAAAAUGCUUGUUAUGGAAAGAGGUUAUGGUGGAAGGUACUGCUUGUUAAUGCACCACACUAGAGAAGAGCUGAAGAAGUUUGGUUUAACAGAUGCUAUGCUGGUUGAUCAAGAAUGGCAAAAAUAUGCAAAGCCAGGGGAGCUAUAUUACGACAGCGAAAUAACCGGACCGUCGUACUUCACACACUUCAACGAUGAUCGAGAAAGCCUCUUUUCCGGGUAAAGUCUCGAGACAGAAAACAAUGUAAAUUUGGCAUGAAAAUACAAUCACUAUUUGCCUCAGUUAUGUAAGAGAGAAAGUUUGAAAUCAACCUUAAACUGAAUAGGUUUGCUUAGACAUCAUUCCUGAGAAUUACCAAUAGAAACUAAGUUCUUUUUAUCGAUCACGGACUCCGUCCGUAUGUAAAUUUUGACUUUCGCUAACCGAUUUUAACUAGUGUUUGUUGGUUAC